CUAAUAUUGAACCUUACCGCAAGGGCCAAUCUUUUGCUACGUGGAUUAAGCGUUUAGCGGUUCAUUUUCGUGUCAACAAAGUUAAAGAUAAUGAAAAAAAGGAUCAGAUGUUCAUCUUGGGAGGAGAUUUUUUGUUCAGUAUGGCAGAAAAACUCUACCCCACAGAAGCAAUGAUGGAUGAAGUGUCGUAUGAUGUAUUAGUGCAAAAACUUAACGAGAGACUUGAUAAAACUGAUUCAGCCUUGCUCCGAAGAUAUAAUUUCGGGACAAAGGUGCAACAACCGGGAGAAUCGGCAAGCGAUUUUAUAUUUUCGUUAAAACUCCAAGCGGAACAUUGCGAAUUUGGGGAGCAAAAGAAUCGUCUUAUUUUUGAUCGUAUUUUGGUUGGGUUGUCUGAUGGCUCGCUUAAGCAUCGUCUUUUUACGGAGGAUAGCUCCAAGUUAACGCUUGAACAGGCGGAGAAUAUUAUCGCUACGUGGGAAAUGGCGGCUACUCAUUCAAAAGCUUUAACGAACAGCGAUGUCGAUUUGGUAGCUUCACUGGACACUAGGUACCCUUUGACUCAAGGUAAAGGUGCGGUUAUUCAACGGAUGAGGGAAGCUCAGCAAAAUUUUCACGGUUCGGUAAAAAGUCGGCUUGGUGUUCGACCUGAAAUACGACCGGCGGAAGAUAGUCAGAGAGUACAGUUUCACUCACAGCAUUUUGAACAUCGUGAUUCGUCGGCUAGUUCAGCUCGUGGUCAAUACAAAAUGGACGACCAACAAUGGCCGAUUGAUCAGCGUAUAUGCUAUCAUUGCGGACGUAGAGGACAUGUGCGAAGGAAAUGCUACAAGUGGAAGAACGACAGCGGCAAGACGGUUAAUCGUGUUGACGCACAGGAAUCUAUUACCAGUGCAAACCAUUUAACAGAACCAUUAGAUAGCUUGAGGAUCCAAGAUUCGGACUCAGAUGGUAAUAUCUCAGAUCAUGGUUGGAAACGAGGCGACUACUACGGUUCAUCGAAGCCAAAUAAGAAUCGUUACGAAUAAACAAGGUUCACCAUAUAAGCCAAGACCAUCGAUGCGAGUGGUCAAGACUGGUCGGCCAAUCCUGACUGUCGAGGAACCUGUAGUGGCAACACAAGAUGGAAGCGAUGUCCGGCAAAUACCAGAUCGAAAUGCUAUCCAACCGUCGAAUGAUCCUGAUACACAAAUUUUUAGAUUAAGUAGGAAACGAAAAUUUCCACCAGAUCCGGUAGCGCUAACUGGCCUACCUAGGCGUUCGAAAAGAGCUAGAAAACCUAGAAUCGAAAAUGAAUUCGAAUAUUUUUGAGUUUUGUUGUUACUUGAAUUAUUGUUCAUUCUUUUUAAAGGAGGAAGAGCUAUUGUAUAUUGAAUUCUUAUUACUUACACUUUAGAGUGUAUUCAGCAACACUUCGGCGCAGUGCGCAACACUGCUGUCAUUAUGAGCAAACUUAAUAAAUGAGCUAGAGGCUCACUUCUGUUAUUUGCAA